AUGGAAAAAUUUCAUCCUGGUGAACAUAACGUUAAAGAUAUACGAAGUCAACUCAAAAAACACGAACGUGAAUUUGAAAAAUUGAUCGAAGAGUUAAAAUGCAAAAAAACCGCAGUCAGCGCUGCCAAAGACAAGGUUCAAGUCAGAAUAGAAAGCGACUUGUUUCAAGCAAAUAAAGCUACAUAUACCGUAAAUGGAAUAAAAAAUUGGUCUUUGUUAAGGAAGCAUGUCUACCUCGUGCAAGAAUAUUGCAAGAAAAACAUGAAUGGAAAAAUACCAGCAAAACAAGAUAUGGAAAUGAUUUUAGACAAAGCUUUACUUGAGAGUAAUUGCCCCAGUGUUACAAAUACGUAUCACAGGUCGAAGCAGACUGGCAGCCGGAAACGUGGAAAUCCUGCAAAAGAUUCACUCGAGAGAGUCGACAUAGAGUUUCCAAUAAGCAAACGUACCGGUUGCAGUUUCACUUCAGAUGCUCACGACGAAGUUCCUCAGUCUCAAAUUCUAAACACUGCCCCUCGUGAUGAAGGAGAAGAAGCUGAACAGCUGGCCAUAGUAAUGCGGGAAAGCGUAAGGCAUACUAAUAGUAAAGAAACAUUAACACCAAAUCAGAGUCCUGCUUUCCCUUUUUCGUACGCUCCGCGUUUUCCCGUUUUUCCACCUGCUGUCAAUUACAACCCCAUUGCUAUUCAACACGAUCCAAUAAUGCCCACAAUGCCUAUGUAUAACCAACCGUAUCACUCAGCAAGCAUUGAGAACUUUCCAACAACUUAUCCACAAAGCCUUGGACAUUUUCCUGCGUAUCCAGCGAACGUUGGACCCUUUCAUUAUCCUCGAACUGAGUAUGGUGUUUUGCCUAUGAAUUAUGUACAUGGUUCAAAUGGUUUGAAUUGUUAUUCGACUCAAACGCAACUAGAACAAAUGACCGAGAGCGAAGGGAAAGAAAAAGUCAAAGCUGUUGUUGAAAAAUGUCAAGAUAUAGAAGUAAACUCUGACGACUCGUAUGCAGCUGCGUCUCUUCUGAUGAAUAUGGCAACACAUCACACUGUCACUGAUAAUUGA